GCAGGUUAGUUCAGUCUCUUGCCUUAAAUGGCCGCGUGCGGCAGACAAAAGCGCAUGAAAAAUUCAUUGGGAACCGUCGGAACCGAAAGUUUAGCGUCAGGAUAGCGACAACAACAAGGACCACGGCACUACUAUAGCGAAUAUAGUAUAUCGAGUGCUAGUCCUAAACGUCUAUCGUUAGGUGUAACGAGUCAACAUGCAAAUUGCCUGCGCCGGACCCGCAGUCGAAUCCAGGGCCAGAAUCCUUGCCAGGCAUCCUCAUCAUCAGCAGCAGCAUCAUCAUCAUUGGAGGCAGUGGAACGCAAACGCACCGUAGAGCCAGCCAACAGGGCGCAAUAAAAAUUGCCUUUCGAUAAAUGGGCGGAAGUGCCAGAGGCGUGGGGCGGAGGGGCGUGGUCCUGGAGCAGGAUGUACGCACAAGGUCGUCGCAGGGGGAGCGAAAGAGGGGGCUCGCUGGCAAACAGCAGCACAACAAUGCCAAGCUUCCGCUUAGGAUGCGCUCGAACGGAAGUUAUUUUGGCCGCCUGAACGUGAGCGCGCUGCUCAUCUACUUGUGGUGCUAUCUGCUACUGGUUAUGGCAGCAUCUGGCGGCAGCAACCACGUGGUAAAUGGCCUCAAAUGCUAUUGCAAUCCGAAGGAGUGCGACGUGAUCCGCUCACCCGACUGCCCCGGAAAAGGACUUAUGCUGUGGGAUCCAUGCAAGUAAGUCCCGCUCCCAGAGCUCCAAUUAAAAUGAUAUUUUCCGGCCUGUACAUGCCAUCCAUUUUGUAUGCGAAUCAAACGAAGAAAUUGAUAUUAGGAUUUAUUCCAGCGGUCAGAACUCUGUUUGAAAUUUUCAUUUCGAUUUGGUAAUCUUUUGACUUUUGGUAUAAUGGAAUAGAAUUUUCUGUACGGUAGUAAUCAUAAAAUCAUUCUAUGAUUUAAUUAUUUAUAAAGUGUUCCAUUUUGUUUCGAGAAAUAGUCUUGUUAUCAAACCAAUUAAAUUAAUUUUAAAUUUCGGUUUGUACCUUUACCAAUAUUUUUGUUUCCAACAUAAAUUGGCACACUCUAAAUUAGGUUUAUUAGGUGCACAAAGCUUUGUUGUUUUGAUUGCCUAACACACGAACGGGCUUUAAUUUCCUUAUAUUAACGUUGGUUGAACAAUGGUGGUCAAAACAAUAGAAAACAAUUUAAUAGUGUGUCAUCCUGAUGCUUUGAUGAUUACCCACAGGAUUAUCAACGUUUCUAUUACAUGUAUACAUGUAUAUAUCAAAUUAUACUUGUGUUAAACUCCCAUGAUUUUAUGAUUGAUUAAACUUAUUAAUUGUUUACAUGUUAAUAGGAAACUACAGCGAUAAUUUUAAUUAUAACAUUCCAUAUUAGAUCCGUGUUUGAUAUGGAUAUUGUUUUGAAUCGUACCUCAUUUAUCGUUAACCUAUUAUAAAUUGUUUGGUUUAAAUGAUUCGCAGAGACGUUUUUACUAACUAUUUCCUAACUAAGCAUGAAAUGGUCACAAAUUCAUAAGCUCACCACGAUCUUAAUAAUUGGCAUUGAUAUAAUUAAGAGCGUCAGACAUCAGAGUGUCUCCUUCGAAUUCCAACCCAAUUCGCAUCGUGAGUGACUGAUUGGACUAAUGGACUGAUUGGAAUUCACAUCAGGCAUCGUUCUCCUCAUCUCACUCCGAGUAGAGAGUGUUAACUAAUUGUUAACGUUUAUCGAAUCGAAGACGGAAUCUAAUCAAUUACUACUGGGAUUCAUUCCAUCCAUAGUCCAUUGCGAGGAUUAUGCCCACAUCUAUUUAUUCUAUAUGUCAUAUACACACCUCCAACUAUUCGCAGAUGUUGCCGCAUAUGCGCCAAAACUUUGGGCGAAUCCUGCGGCGGUCCGGGCGGAUUUUCCGGUCAAUGUGAGCCGCCCCUGCAGUGUGUGACCAAGCUGCCCAUUAGCAGCGGAUUGGGCGUGUGCAUGGAUUUGCAGCACCUGACCGCCCUGACCUACAGUCAGCACGAUAAUUGUUCCGACAGCGAUUCGAUUGUUUUGGAGCCGGGCUGCGAGAUCACCAACAAACGCUGCCAGUGCUGGCCAACUAUGCGCACCUGUCUCAGCGAACUGACCAGCGAUGGGGGAUCCCCCGACGACUCUCGCUGGCACUUCAAGAACCUAGAGGACUGCCAGUUGAAUCUACAAAAUCUAAUAAAACUCGAACAGGAAUUCGAUGAAGACUACAAAAUCUCACCGAGCAAAUUCACAUACAAAAAACUACGCAGAAAGCGAAAAUCUUUAAAGAAACGAAUCAUCAUCUUGAAGGAUUGAGCCCUGAAUGCGCCAUUGCGACUUUCUGCGUUCCCAGCUCUUAACUCAAUAAAACAAAAUGAGGAAUCUCUGUACAGAUAGUAUGCUUACUUCUAACUAAUUAUAUGGCUAUUAUUAAUAACGUACAUAUAUAACAACAUAUACAUAUACAUGAGGAAAAAGUACAUAUGAGAAAUAGACAAAAUGUAUGUAUCCUAAGACAUUUGUUACUUUAUUGUUUUUAGAAAGCGCGUACGUAUGUAUAAAUUUGCAAUUUUUAUUCCUACUGCCCCCGAAAAGAAAAUAUACAAAACAAUAAAUUGAAAACAUUUACAAAAUGUUAUUGCUUUAAACAGAUAACAAAUACGAAAUGUGCAAAAUGUUGGAAUUUUCCAUAGGCCUAAGUCAAGCCAUUCAAUAAACAAUAAAGCCGAAUGACAAAUUUUGCUAACUGAAACAGCAUCG